GACGUCAAUGAAGAAUGGUUGGCUGACAAGGCGCGGUUUUCCUAUGACGGCCUCAAUCGGCAACGUCUAGUGACCCCAAUGAUCCGCUCCAAAUCGGAUGGAAAACUGCACAGUGCAACGUGGGAAGACGCACUCAUCAACAUUGGCGAGCGGAUCCUGUCUCUCGCCUCCACUGAUCCUUCAAGUCAACAGCCUGACAUAAAACCGGACUGCAUCGGGGCUGUGGUUGGUCAGUUUGCUGAUGUGGAAGCUGUGGAUCUUCGUUCGAACUACUUGUUCAACUCCCGCAUUGCCGGUAUUGAGGAGGCUGACUUGGUAUUGCUUGUUGGCACCAAUCCUCGAUUCGAGGCUCCUCUACUAAAUGCACGGCUUAGGAAAUGUUGGAUUCACAACGAACUUCAAGUCGCCGUGAUCGGACCAAAAGUCGACUUGACUUAUGACUAUGAG